UUACAUGGAGUUCUCAAACCAUGUAAUCUAUGACUCUUGCUAUGGUUGUUAAAAACCUUAUUUUGGACUUCUGCUUUUCUUCAUAACGAAAAAAAAAAUAACAAAUAAAAAAAAAUAAACAAAUAUCCGCGUUUCACUGUUAUUAUAAAGGUACGCUUUAACGAAAAAUUCGAUGUACAUGCUAUGUGCAUUCUUCAACACAUUUUGGCAAACACUAAAAAUGGCAGAAGCUGUACCAGAAGAAGAAUUGACCAUUCCAAGAGCAGCUAUGAACAAAAUGAUAAAGGAGAUUGUACCCAGUGUCCGAGUUGCUAAUGAAGCCAGAGAGCUGAUUCUGAAUUGCUGCUCAGAAUUCAUUCACCUUUUGGCCUCAGAGGCCAAUGAAAUCUGUACUCAACAACAGAAAAAGACUAUAAAUGCAGAGCACAUCCUUGGAGCAUUGGAUAGACUAGGGUUCAAUGAUUACCGCACUGAUGCUGAGGCAGUUUUAAAAGAUUGUAAAGCUGUUGCUGCCAAGAGAAGACGUCAAAGUACAAGGCUGGAAAAUCUAGGAAUUCCAGAAGAAGAACUAUUGAGGCAGCAGCAGGAAUUGUUUGCAAAAGCUAGAGAAGAACAAGCUGCUGCUGAACAACAGCAAUGGCUCCAGCUUCAAGCUGAGGCCCAAAUGUCCUUACAGCAGCAACAACAUGGGGAUGCUCUAUUAAAUUCAGAAGAUGGAGAAUAUUCUUAAUUUUUUGUGUGAUUUGACCUAAUACAUUCUUUGAUUUCUAGA